AUGCUCUAUGCCCCCUCCACAGAGAACAGAUACCGUACGACACGGCGGUGGGGUCGUCUUACGUAACCCUCCAAACCCGAGUCACUCUCGCGGCGCCUGGAGGGAAAGCAUCCACCUCGGAACAAAGCUGGUUAUUUUAAUACCAAUAUCUACGGUUAACUUGCCACUGUAGAGGGAUGGGGGAGGAAUGGGCCGGGGAAAGCGCUUUUUGUUGGGAGCACGAAUGGUAGGGUGGAUGGGCGAAGGAAAGGAUGUAUGGAUGAAAGAAAUGCAUGCUCCCACCAUCGCUGAAUUUCUCGCUGUCUGCUCGCUGUAGGUUAUUCCGGCAAUAAUAAAACAUGAAUUAGCAAACAUAGCCGCUGCUGGUGUGAUGGGCGCGGAGGCCCGGCAAAUGAGUGGGGAGGAGAGAGGGCGAGAGGCAUUAUCUGUUGGUGUUGGGAUGAAAACCAAGUGUGCAGCCUCGAAAUGUGGGAGCUCUGAGGAAGCGACAUUAAUGAUCGCUGGCUGGAUUAACGGAUCCGGAACACCUACACAUGACCUGUGCUACGCACCCUGGCGGGAACGAAAGGACAAACUCGAGAUACCCCUCAUUUGUUUUGCUUUAUUCUAUCUUCAUCCUUCUUCCUCUGCUAUUACUCUCCUCCUCUUUCCCUCUUCUCCCCUCUUCCAACCCCACCGCCGUGAGUGACUUUAUUCACACCCACGGCUACACACCAACCCUUUCUUUACCGCGUCCGUCCCAGAGCCGACGGGACCGGCUAACAUUGUGUCCUACAUCCAGCUCCCAACGUCCUGGUUCUGAUCUUUCCAACUCGGGUCUAUUUCCUCCCUUCAAAGGUAUGACCUUCAUUCCACCCACUACUCCCACUCUCUCCCUCCUCGUGAAAUCCAGAAGCUAGUUUCAAUUCCCGCUGAAGAAAAAAAAUUAGAAUCAUGUCGGCAGCAGCAGCAGCAGCACCGGGCCGUUCUGUUGGUCGCGGUGGCAAAUCAGACAUCUUGCACCACCCCAUUACUCGCAGUGUACUUCCGUUCCUGAACGGUGGAGCGGCAGGAAUGAUUGCAACGAGUGUUAUUCAACCAGUGGACAUGGUCAAGGUGUGUUUUCUCAGCCCCCCGCAAAGGCCCGUUGGUUUGCAGAGGAGCAGAGCUUUCUAAGAGCUCUAGCUCUUUGGUCCAUUUAUCUCCUGCCCAGCGAUAAUCCUAAUCCAUUCCAAUUCUCAAUCGACACAGACCCCGGAGAAUGGCUGAAAAAAAGAAAAUUUUUCUAACAUAAGAUUCCGUAGGUCCGUAUUCAAUUAGCCGGCGAAGGUGUUGGCAAGAGUGCCAUCCGACCCUCUGCUUUCAAAGUAGCGGGCGAUAUAAUAAAGCAAGGCAAAUUCCUUGAUCUCUACAGCGGUCUCUCCGCUGGUCUGCUCCGUCAGGCGGUCUAUACAACGGCCCGGAUGGGCUUCUUCACAACGUUUAUGAACAAAAUCACCGCCACUGCCAAGACUCAGGACCGCCCCGUAACAUUUGGCGAGAGAACACUGGCAGCAUUAUCCGCCGGUGGAUUAGGUGCGGUCUUGGGUAAUCCGGCAGAUUUGGCGCUUAUUAGAAUGCAAUCUGAUGGAAUGAGACCCCUGGCGGAGAGAAAAAAUUACACUAGCGUUGUGAACGCCCUCAGAAGGAUUGCGGGUGAAGAAGGCAUUGCCGCAUUAUGGAAUGGUUGUCUGCCCACGGUUGCAAGAGCUAUGGCACUCAACUUUGGCCAAUUGGCCUUCUAUUCGGAAAGCAAAGCUCGAUUUGCAAAGAUUGAGGCAUUUGAUAGUGUCCUUGGGAAGGGGAAGAACGCAGAGGUCGGAAGAGGAAUUGCGGCCAGCGCAGUCGCGGGCUUCUUCGCUAGUUUCUUCAGCUUGCCAUUUGAUUUCGUACGUCCCAGACCCAUUAACGAUACCAAACCAUAGGGAGCUAACAGACGGCAAUGGGGUAGGUCAAAACUAGACUACAAAAGCAAACGAAGGGUCCUGAUGGAAAGCUCCCGUAUAAGGGGAGCUUGGAUUGCGCCCUGAAAGUUGCCAAGGAGGAGGGACUAUUGAGAUUUUACAGAGGUUUUGGAACGUAAGUCUCACCUCACCGACUGUGCCAUAUUUCCGACUACCAUCUAACUAUUGAUAGAUACUACGUCCGCAUCGCACCGCACGCAAUGUUGACUGUUCUGUUUGCAGACUGGUUCUUGAAGUUGACAAAAUAGAUCUCUGGGUAAUUGGAGGAAGAUUAGGAAGGGGGGGGGGGGGUUCUCGUCAGUUGAUGCGGCUAUUAAUGGCCUCCCAUGGCUUAUCGCUCAUUUUUCCAUACCCUUAUCAUAGGCAAAUGGGCUCAAAGUACACGAAUGACUCAAUGGAUUUUCCUGUUAUGAAAGGAAAGGGGUGAAUGCUUUUUUCUUUGUAGGUAGUGUCUUCGAGGAUGAAAACGUUGUCACAAAAGGUUCGGCCGUCGUUCCCUUAUCACAACAAAUUUCCACCUUUUGCAAUCGAUUCAUAGCGCUGGCACUUCCUGCGCCGCGUUUUGCGUUCUGCUUGCCAUCCGUGCCCAGGGCACUACACGUGUUUCAGCUACAGUACUCGAGUAGAU